CACAUUCUCGGACUUUCCAUCAAACUUUGGUCGUCUUUAUUAUCUCAUGCAUCUUUUAAUCCAGCAAGAAUCACACACUUAACCGCGCCACACAUUCAUUCGUGGUUUUCUAUCGUAAUGACACCACUUGGUACUCCGAUUGAUAGGCGAUUGUUAUUUAUUGCAGAUGGUCAGUCUCUUACUGAUAAAGUCGACGUAGCAUCGACAGCGUCGUCUAGGCGAGGACGCCGAACACACGCAGGGCAGCCAAAUGAAAGUGAUUCGACUUUGGCGCAUAAUAUUGAUAUCGGGAUGUUGCAGCAAGACUUUGCUCUAGUGUCUGUAGAGACUGUUAUUAGAGGUCGUAUUGCAGCGUCAAAGGCACUCGGAAUGUUAAUUAGUCGGUGGCCGAACGAGGCUCUCGAAGACAGUUUCAAAGAUUUUCUUCUUCCUCACCUCGCAUCGGGUUGGGCUUCAAACAAACAACUCAGUGCUGUAAUAAUUGAAGAAUGGGCGCGCGCCUCUAAUAAUCAACAGAUAUCCUCGCUUUCUAUGCCUCCUCUCCCUGUGACACCUCUUGCCUCGAUCCUUUCCAAUGCGCUAGUCGUAAUGCUUGAAUCUGAUCCUCCCAGCUUCUACCAUGAACUUGUAAGCAUUCUCCGACGUAUUCGAGGCGAAUGCCAAGCACUACUAAACACGUUCAUAAGCGAAGGCAGGGUUAGCAGCCAGAAUAUACCCCCGCUUCCAACGAGCGUGCUCGGCGAGCAGACUAUCGCAGACGCUUCGGUUUUUAGUAUUGAAAUGGCCAAGCAGCUCACCACGGAGACUUUCGACACCCUAACAAGUUAUGUUCCUCCUGCUAUUCAUUCUGCUGUUUUACCGCAAUUGCAGGAUCGGAAGCGUCGAGUAUUGUCUUCGAUAGCAUAUUAUCAGUCCACUAAACAAAAGACGGAUAUAAAUGUAAAUGCAGCUUGUGCAGGCGCCGUAGUAUCAUUGCGUGUGCUUCCUCCCAAGCUUAAUCCUAUAAUAAGAUCAAUCAUGAGUUCUAUCAAGAACGAGGAGAAUGCUGAACUGCAGGAGCGUUCCGCUGCGAGUCUGGCAAGUUUAGUUGCCCAAUGUGCAAUUGAACAGAACCCGUCUCGAAUAAAUCCGAAUGAUAAAAUUGUCAAGAAUCUCUGUACUUUUUUAUGUUCCGACCAGACUACGACACCAGUAUUGCAGUCUAAUAAGAGUGAGGAAGGAAUUUUAUCAUUACAAAAAGCAAAAGAACCUGAAAAGAAGAUAUCCAACGGCGCUGGAGGGGAGAGUGCGAAAAAACAAAAGAUUAACGAAGAAGAGAUUAAGACCCAAAAGUUGAUUAGGAGAGGAGCAGAAACUGCACUUAAACAAUUUGCUCAUCUGUUCGACGAACAAGAAAAAAUAGAUGUUGCGUUGAAAGCAAGUGAAAACACUGGCCAAGAAGUCAUUGAUUCUCUUCAAAUUCUUCAAUCCAUUACGCCCGUCAUUCACGAAUCGCUACAUUCAAAGAUCGCAGAACUGCUGCCCUGCCUCGUCAAAACUAUUCAAUGUAAAUACUCAGUAAUUCGACACGUGGCAGCGCGAUGUUUCGCCACUAUAGCAAAUGUAAUUACUAUUCCCAGCAUGCAGAUUAUCAUCGAACAAGUCCUACCAUUCAUGGGUGAUUCACAGAGCGUUAUCAACCGUCAAGGGGCGGCCGAAUUAAUUUAUCAUCUCGUUCAAACGAUGGAUGCAAAAAUAUUACCAUAUGUCAUUUUUUUGGUUGUUCCUAUCUUGGGACGCAUGAGUGAUGUAGACGAAAGUGUACGAUUAGUUACUACCAACUGCUUUGCCAUGUUAAUCAAACUAGUGCCAUUGGAGGCUGGCAUACCCAACCCACCAGGAUUGUCGGAAAGGCUUACUCAGCAUCGUUAUGAAGAGCGUAAAUUUCUCAGUCAAUUGCUGGAUAGCAGUAGACUUGAUCCUUACGAGAUACCCGUUACCAUAAAGGCCGAGUUGAGAAAAUAUCAACAAGAAGGUGUUAAUUGGUUAGCCUUCUUGAACAAAUAUCAGUUGCAUGGUAUUCUGUGUGAUGAUAUGGGUCUUGGAAAGACGUUACAAUCAAUCUGCAUAUUGGCUAGUGAUCACCAUGCACGAGCGGUGAAAUACGAAACCACUAAAUCACCGGAUUGUUCUCCGAUUCCGUCACUCGUUGUAUGUCCGCCAACUCUUACGGGACAUUGGUAUCACGAACUGUUAAAUUACACAGACUGUUUGAAACCUCUACUAUACACAGGAGGGCCUAAAGAAAGAGAACGAAUUCGCCCCAAAAUUAUGAAUCAUGAUGUGGUUAUUAUGUCUUACGACAUCGUUCGCAAUGAUAUUGAUGAACUAGCAGAUAUCAAUUGGAAUUAUUGUAUUCUUGACGAAGGCCACAUUAUAAAGAAUGGCAAGACCAAAAUAACAAAGGCUGUUAAGGCUGUUAAGGCUAACCAUCGCUUAAUAUUGUCUGGUACACCUAUUCAGAACAAUGUGCUUGAACUAUGGUCUUUGUUCGACUUCUUGAUGCCUGGCUUUCUGGGUACAGAGAAACAAUUCAAUGAACGAUUUGGAAAACCAAUAUUAGCUAGUAGAGACAGCAAGAGCUCAUCAAAGGAACAGGAAGCAG